AUGUCAUCGGUAGACAUUCCAAGAGAAGCUCCAAGAAAAUUCGUGAUGGGCGGAGGCAAGGCGGAGGGCAGAAUUGAUGAGUUAUUUCGAGGGAUCGGUUGUGGUUGGAGGAUGUCGCGUUUGAGGUGGCUGGCAACUUGGCAUGUGAAUAUCUCAACACCAUCUACGGUAAGGUUUCAAAAUACAGGGUGCACCUUGAGCUUCUCGAGGGCGUUGGAGGCGGGUAGCAUUGGCGGUAAUGUGAUGCGGAUGAGCGCGCACGAUACAGGCGUUUCAACGCGUUGUGUGGCGGGUCACGUUUUUUUGUCACGGAAAGUGCCGCCGUAAGCGAUCGCCGUUAUGCACGCCGUAACUUCCAAUUCCCAAACUUACUG